AAAAUAAUUAAAAAAAAGAGUUGAAAAACAUUGCUGGGCAAAGCUUUGCAAACAAUUGAAUUUGAUGAUAAAUUAAAAGCAAAAGUGUUGUGUGGAUGUAACAAAGAUAUGGGUACGAACAAAUAACAUGUGAAAAGAAUGCGACUUUGAAAAGUUGAUGCAUCGGUGACAAGUGAAUCUAAUUGCCAUUAGCAGACUCAACUGUAAAAUAAAGUCAUCUAUAGCAUCAAUUUGUAAAAAUGAGUAAAGAAUAUGACUUGUACAGGGACAGCAAGUUAAGAUAUUUGGGCUAUUCCAAUGAAGUGGGUGAAGCUUUCCGUCCGCUUAUACAUCGCAAUGUGGUGCGCGCGUCCUAUUUAAUGGCUACUGCAUAUGUGUGUGCUGACGCUAUUGACAAAUCGGUUAGAGAGCAUCAACGUGGCAGCAGUGCUAAGCAGAUAGCUAUUGUUACUGGCGAUGUAUUCACUUGGCAAAUGGUUGCCUCCGUAAUUAUUCCAGGAGUCACAAUCAAUAGAAUAACUUGGCUAACUGGAUAUUUAUUACGCAAAGCAGAUGUUAAAAAAGCUCUUAGAAAAAUUAUGCCCACCGCAAUCGGCCUGUGUUCAAUUCCACUCAUAAUUGGUCCCAUAGAUAAAUUCACUGAUCAUCUUAUGGAUGAUACUUACCGGAAAUGGCUAUGCUAAGUACGAAGUUGAUGCUGCAAUAGUUAAGAUAUAAAGUUCAAUAUGUUUACGUAUGCAUGAGUAUAUAUAUGUUCACAUUAAUAUAUUUCUAGUAAAUUGCUUAUAGUUUGUGAACUGUAGCUUUGUAGUAAACUUUUUUUCGAUUAUUUCCAUAUACUUACGUAUUUCAUUCUGUUAAAAAAAUAUAUCAGGAACACAAAAAUAUGACGAUAUGAAAAUACUUUUGUAUAAAUAUAUAUAGAGUAUCAAUA